AUGGAAAACGACGGGGAACCAGGGAAGGGAAACCGAGUAUCCCUCAAGCGAAAAAGAAUGGACUUCGAAGACGAUGGGUCGACGGAAGAUGACAUUGGAACCGACGAAUUCGAUGACUCCGAGGAAGAAGAAUGGUGGGAGGAAGAUGAGAGCAGCGAUGAUAGCGAAGAAAUGGAUCAUGAACAGGACAUUGAAGAGCACGAGUAUACCGCCUCCAGUGACCCGGCACGAAUGCUGAAGAUUCGGCUCUUUUUGACCGACGGACAAGUAGGCGGAUCCAAAUGGAUGAAAAGCUUUGUCGUCAAAUGCACUUGCGAUGGUGUCGCUGUCGCAAGCGCUCUGGCUCGGUAUAUUGAUCGAGAGGGCAUGCGCUCUAAAUUCUGGGAGAGGAUGGAAGAGCCCAGUGAGGAAACGUGCGAUGUGGCCUUCCAUAUCUUUGAUCGGUACGGAACAGUCAAGACUAAGUAUAAGGACCACCCAGUUCAAAGAGGAACUGGUAUAUGGGGGAAAGAGCUUGAUCAUGGCCCUCUUUUCCUAAUCGAAAAAGUCCAUGUUACAGCAAUGGAACUCCGUCGGAAAGGGCUGGGACAGAGAGUAGUGUCUUUGCUGUUGGAAAAGGCCAAGCGGUUCUGGCUAGACGAUAAGCCAGACGGUGAGCACGCAGAUUUUAUCUACGGUUCUAACGAGGCGUUUGAACGAGCUUGGACUCUACAUGCUUUAGUCAGCCCCGGAAUAUUAACAGCUGAUAUCGAAUCGCAAUUAGGGGACAAGUCUGCAGAAGAACGCCUAAUGACGCGGGUUCGAGUUCAAUCCGGAGCCAUUGACUUUUGGCGAUCGUGCGGUUUCCGCCGAAUCGGAGCAUCUCGAUGUUUUGCAUAUUCGUUCGAUCUCCAACAUCAAUCUCGCACCCUUGCGGUAACUUCUGAUAUCGAUCCGCGCACAAGCCAUGCUGAAGAUCUUGAGGACGAAGAAUUGGAAGUUAUCUAUGAAGCAGCUCCUUCUACUGAGGUAAAGAGACUGAAAAUGGACAGACUUCGUGACUCUUUGCCGCUGCAUCACGCGGCUCUUACUCUGAUGGAUGAAGAACUCAAAGCUUUUUUCGUCUUUCAUGCCUCCGAUGAGCUUGGCUGGGAACGAGUGACCAAUUCUGAAGCCACGCUUCUGCAUUUAACGGCAUCCGAGCUCAAACCCCUGAGCACACGGUGGCUACUGGAGAAUGUUCACCACGCCAACUCCUGGAAGACAGCCCGUGAUCUUAACGGGUACACACCACUCGGAGCAUUGCAGGAGAAGUUAGAGACAAUGCGUACACAAAAGCCAUAUGGCCUUUUCAGAAUCUUGAAUGUGUCAGAUCACUUCAAAGGGUAUCCUGACACCGCAGUGUCCUGUCUAUCCUUGUUGUUGGGACGGGAUGCUUCAGGGCGUGAUAAAACACGCCUCCGAUACGGAUGUACAUGUGGAGGGUGCUUAGAAGGAUUUCUAUCCCCCCGAAUGAGGAGCUCUUUGAUUUUUCAGGGCGAGACCAACUACGACGUCUAUCAGGAGAAAAUUGAUGAUGGCAGCUUUUGGAUACAGGCCAACGACUACAUCCUCGUGCACCUCGAUCCCGAUGUGCGAAGGAACCUCAAAACCAACAAAUCACUGCGAAAAGGCUUUGUAAAUAUUUUCCGAAUCGCUGUGGAGUGUCUCAAUUCUGGAAGAGCUCCUACUGCUGCAAAUAUCGAGUGGCGCUGUAACAAUCGGAGCGAGUGGCCACCGGAUACCAAGAACUACCUGCGACGCGCUGGGACGCAGAUGGGCUGUCGGGCAGUGCUUCGGUACAUGUUCGAUGCUGCUAAGGAAGCGGAUGAGAAAGCAGGUAAUGGAGAGUGUCAACGCAUAUUGAAGAAGGAAUGGUCAGACCUACCGACUUGCAGAAACGAUCACGAGUUUGAAUUUGCUGCCAGGGCUUGUGGUUACAGUGGUGAUGAUUCUACUUCGUUCCCAUAUUGGUAUACCAAUGUCUUUUUUUCCCCCUAG